CAUAGGCACAACAAAAACCCUUCUUCACUCUCGUGUUCUGGCUGCGUUUUCUCAAUUCGUUCCCAAAACGCAUUGGCACCCACACGACGGUGCAGCCUCCCUGUAGCUGCCUCACCUCACCACUGCAGCCUCCUCGCCGGCGAAACCUCCAUUUCCGGUGGCGACGAACGUUUAAUUUGGCCAGCUCCUCCUGGAAUCGCGAUGGUGACGCACUGAGACCAGUGGCGACGAAGACACAGUAAGCAGCCGGCAGCGGCGACGGAGACACACUGCUGAGGUGACAAAAGCUAUGGCCUCAAAGCUGCUUUUGAAGAGAAGGCUCUUUAGGUUUUUGCAACUGUCACAACCUUCUUUUUCUUCCAUUCAUGCAGCCCCAAUCCUUUCUGUAAAAGCUUCAGAAUUCAUGUUCCCCUACAAGGAGAAUGCCCUUCUUCCUCCUCUCUCUUCUUCUUCUAGAAACUUCUGCUCUCGCAGUUUUAAUCUUGAUGAAUCUCAAGGCCCCCUGACUAUUGAUUACAGUUCUCUACUGCAGGAGGGUGAAUUCCACAGACUGGCUGAUUCCACAAUACAUAGCCUCCAAGAGAAAUUAGAGGACUAUGGAGACUCAGUUGAAGUUGAUGGAUUUGACAUAGACUACGGCAAUGAUGUUUUGACUAUAAAACUUGGCGAUCUUGGCACCUAUGUAUUGAACAAACAAACACCAAAUAGACAACUUUGGCUGUCUUCUCCAGUGAGUGGUCCUUCAAGGUUUGAUUGGGAUCGGGAUACUAAAGCUUGGAUUUAUAGGCGGAACAAAGCAAACUUGUAUAAAAUUUUGGAAGGCGAGUUUGAGCAGUUAUGUGGCAAACCUAUUGAUCUUUCCUAAGCUGUUGACAAGGUGCUGCCUAAUCUUGAUUUUUUAUUUAUAAGGCAAAUGAAUAGUGACGAGCCUCUGGUGUUCGCAUGUACUUGAAGGAUUUUUUCUUUCUUUCUUUUUUUGCCAUACAUAUGCCAUCUUUACUGUAUCAGUUAUACCACAUUUUCAGUCAUGAAGUGAUUGUAUCUUCUAAAUAAUCAGCAAAAAAUAGUAGUAAUAAACAAUUUCUUCUUAUAAGUUAUACUACUUUUUCAAUCUUGGCAUCAAUUUGCUUCUUUUAUGGAUUGCAAUUGCAA